AUGGCGGGCAUCGACUCCAAGGCAUCCUCCCUGCAUGUAGAGUCCGCUGCAAAGCCUUUGGAUAGGGUUGAUGAGUCUUUCGAAGGCUUGUCUAAUGAAGAAGAGCGAGCCCUGGAGAAGCGCCUGGUGCGCAAAAUCGAUCUGCAUCUGAUUUCCUCGUUAUUCCUACUGUUCAUCUUCAACAUCCUGGACCGUUCCAACAUCGCCAAUGCCCGCCUGGGAGGACUUCAGGAGGACCUGGGUCUUUCAGACACCCAGUACCAGACUGCGGUAGCCAUCAUGUUUGUCGGCUAUCUGCUGGGCCAAGUCCCUAGUAAUAUUCUAUUGACAAGGCUGAAACCCUCCCGUUAUCUCCCAACCGCCAUCUUUGUCUGGGGAGGGAUAUCCAUCUGCAUGGCCGCAACCAAGAAUUUCGCAGGCAUCAUGUGCGUACGUGUGUUUCUCGGAUUCGCCGAGUCGCCGUUCUUUUCCGGUGCUCUACUCCUGAUCAGCUCCUGGUACAAACCGUCCGAGAUUGCCGUCCGAGUGGCUAUUGUAUAUUGCGGAAACACCAUUGCCAACGGAUUCGGCAGCAUGUUUGCCGCUGGGGUCAUGAGCGGGUUGAACGGCAAGGGGGGGCUGGAGGGCUGGAGAUGGCUCUUCAUCAUCGAAGGGGCGGGCACCAUGGUAGCCGGCAUUCUCGCCGUGGCACUUCUGCCCGAUUUCCCUCGCUCCGGCCAGCGGAAGUGGCUAUCCGAACAGGAGCAGCGCUUUGCGGAGUGGCGUCUGGCCCGCGCGGCAAAUGACGAAGUUGAUGAGAACGGAUCAGUCCGAGACGGACUCAGGGACGCGCUGUUGGAUCCCAAGGCUUGGUUGCUCAUCUUGAUCCAAAUCUGUCAGCUCUCAUCCCAGAGCUGGACGUACUUUUUCCCGACCAUCGUCCAGACACUGGGCUUUAGCAAUAUCAUUACGCUGCUGAUUACCGCGCCCGUCUAUGUCUUCGGGUUCAUCUCUGCCCUUGGGAACUCCCUCAUAGCGAACCGGACCAGCCAGCGCGCGGUCCUAAUUGCCUGGCCCCUCUGCGUAGACAUUGUGGGAAACGUCAUGGUCAUUUCAUCGCGCGCCACAGCGGUCAGAUACGUUGGCAUGUUCUUGAUGUGUGCGGGCUCGUACUCCGCAUUCAACGUCGUCCAGGCCUGGAUUGCUAGUACGAUUCCCCGUACGCGAACCAAGCGAGCUAUUGUGUACGCGUUGGUGAAUCUUUUCGGUAACUCGGCCAAUAUCUACGGCUCCUAUUUCUUUCCCACGUCGGAUUCACCCCAAUACCGCCCAGGGGGGAUUACACUGUCUGCAUUUGCGGCCGCCGGAAUCGUGUUGACGGGGCUGUUGGCAUUGUAUCUCCAUCUGCUGAAUGUGAAGGCACGGAGGGCUGAGGAGGAGGACGGACAAACACGAUAUAUGUAUGUCUGGUAGUUGCCUGUCGAGCAUGAGAUACACGUCAAGAUAUAAUCAACCGCAGCAUAAGCCAUGGGGAUCAUCGUAAUCGUAGGGUUUCACGUCUCAUCCCCGACCAAUACCGCAAAUAUACGUAGUCUUUGUCCAGUACUGUAAUACAUCCGAAGAAACAUGAUUUCCACGGUGUAGUUGUAGAAGGCUUACUUCGCUGGGAUCUCUUUUGUGCGUUCCACGUCUCAAGACAUCUAUUAUCCUGGAUAUG